AUCACGCGUCUCAUGUUAUCAGACCGGAUAUUUCAUUUGUUCCUCUAGUGAUUGUAAGCUUAUUUGCUAAUAAAUAUAGUUUGUGAACGUUGUCUGCGAUCGGUAUUGUGGUUUAACAUCUCACAAUGUCUGUAAGUUACGUAAACUACAAUGUAAAACAUUAGGAAACCGUUCAAUUGACUUAACAGUCAGCCGAAUGAAAUCGCCACAGUUAAACAGCUGGAAAUAACAACAUUACGUGCUUGUGUUGACUGCAUAGACAGUGCACGAUGGGUGCUGAACAGAGUGGAGAUGCUGAUCAUAAACAUUCAGACUUCAGCGCUUCAGUUGUUCCCUCUCCAGCCAAGCACAGAGCCAAAAUGGAUGACAUAGUAGUUGUUGCCCAAGGAACUCAGUCAUUACGGAAUAUUCAUAAUGAUCCAGAUGUAAUAAAGUUACAGGAAAUUCCCACCUUUCAGCCUCUUCUGAAAGGUGUGCUCAGUGGGCAAACCUCCCCCAGCACUGUCUGUUUAGAAAAGCUAGAUUCGGCACAGGUGCUGCAGCUGUGUGUCCGAUAUCAGGAUCAUCUACACCAGUGUGCGGAAGCUGUUGCCUUUGACCAGAACGCUCUGGUCAAGAGGAUCAAAGAGAUGGAUCUGUCAGUGGAAGCAUUAUUCAGCAUUAUGCAGGAAAGGCAAAAACGUUACGCCAAGUACGCCGAGCAGAUCCAAAAGGUCAAUGAAAUGUCGAUGAUUCUGAGACGCAUCCAGAUGGGCAUCGACCAGACGAUACCACUAAUGGAGCGUCUCAACAACCUACUGCCAGAGAGCGAGCGCCUGGAGCCCUUCAGCAUGAAACCUGAUGGAGAAAUCAAAUAGAGUCUGCCAACAAAUGAAAAAUAGUUCAUAGUGGCUUCACUGAUUGACUUUUUGCUUUAUAGAGACCUACCUCAGGUCAUAUCUGGUUGUUACCUAUGGAACUUCUCACUUUGCACUCCAAAAGGCUUAAUGUGUGCCUGGAUCAAGUGUUAGCUGGCGUAAAACAAGUUACACGGUACAAAAUGAAAUCCUUUAAUACCAAAAUGGUGUAGGCAUGUGUAUAUAUUUACUUAAAAUGCAUAACUGAAUGGUUUUAAAGGGCAUGACAACAUAAUUCUGCCUCUGAAAUUUUCUUUAAUAAUGUUAUUGAAUGAGAAAUCAUUAAUGCAUAUGAUGAUGCUUUUGCACUUGACAGGCUUUCUGUAGACUUGUGUCAUUAAAGUUGUUGGCAUUAAA